AAUAAUCUAAAAUAAAAAAUUUUUAAACUCAAAUUAUUAAUGACAAAUUUUUAUUGAACAAAUGGUUACUACAAAAAUCACCUCCCUUUUCACCGGGGUUACCUUAAAGUUUUGCUGGUACAAAUUGACACCCGCGCUUUUUCGAACAAAACUUCCGUCACACACUUGUCACCAUUAUCGUUCUCCCUCAAAAUUGCUUCGAUGAAUUACUACGAUUAGAUUUCAGCCUCUUUAAUGGCGUUUCAUUGCUGAAUGCUGAUAUUAUUAUACUAUUCGGCUUUCGAAGUGAUUCUCCUCAGAGAAUUAGGGUUUUUGAUGCUCGCUGUUGUGUUCAUCAACUACAUUGUUUUAGGGUUUGAAAUGGGAAAAAGAAAUAGUACUGUUGUUCUUUUGUCAGAUGACGACGACGAUUUCAACUAUAUCAGAAAGUCCUCAUCUGCAAAGUUGAAGUCUAAUCGUAGUAAUUCAAAGUCUCAAUCAAAUUCUAAAUCUAAAAGAACUUCUACUUCUAAAACGACGACGAAGACGAAAAAGAAAGCACGCUUAUCUCAGCCUCUCUCCUCUUCCGCAGAAUUGCUCUCGAAUUUCGAUGAGUCUAAAUUUCUUUCUGGAGGUUUGGCCGAAGAGUUUGCUGGGUUUCAGGUAUCUACUGAUUAUAGGAGGUUCGAGGAAACCGUGCCUUGGGCUGAUAAGUAUACUCCACUUUCUGUAGAGGAGCUUGUUGUUCAUAAAAAGAAGGUAGAAGAAGUUAGAAGGUGGUUUGAGGAAAAGCUUGCUAAUACAGAGCAAUGGUUACAAAGUUAUGUUCUACUCAUCACCGGUCUAGCUGGUACGGGAAAAUCUGCAACUGUCCGUGCUGUUGUAUCUGAGUUUGGAGCCAAUAUUUGUGAAUGGAAUACACCAACUCCUACAAUUUGGCAGGAACAUGUACAUAACUUGAAUGCAGGGAUGCGUUACAUAUCCAAGUUGGAUGAGUUUGAGAAUUUUGUAGAGCGAGUUAGGAAGUAUGGGAUGCUUUCUUCGUCCCUUACUAAACCAAGGCAGCCCAUGGUGCUUUUAAUUGAAGAUCUUCCUGUAGCAAAUGGAAGGAAUGCUCAGGGCAGACUUCUCAAUUGUUUGCAACUUCUCGUUAAGUCAGUCAAAGUACCAACGGUGAUUUUGAUAACGGAGUACAGCGCAUCUGACUCUUCAGAUUCAGCCAUGCGCUUCUGGGAAGAAGUUUCGUCAUCUCUAGAGAGUGCUGGGGCCUGUAAGAUGUCUUUUAAUCCAAUAACAGUGAAUUCAAUUAAGAAGGUGCUUUCUGGAAUAUGUAGACAAGAAAACUACAACACAAGUUGCAAGCUAGUAAAUUUAAUAGCUAAUGCAUGUGGAGGUGAUAUUAGACACGCUAUUAUGACAUUGCAGUAUGCCUGUCUAAAACAAGAUAAAAUGAUGCUUUUAUCUUCUGAGAAACUCACUUCUGCUUUAGAAGAUGAAACACAUUAUCAUGGCCAAAUGGGUACUGGAUGUUCUUUACCUUUCGGCAGGGAUCAAACAUUAUCUUUGUUUCAUGCCCUUGGGAAGUUUUUGCACAACAAAAGGGAUGCUGAAUGUACCAUGUCACAGAGUGAAGAUGGAGUUUCUUUGAAGGAAGAGUUUGCACGAUUACCUCUAAAGAUGGAUCCACCGGAAAAAGUUCUUUGUCAAGCAUACGGGCAAGCAAGGCCAGUGGCUGAAUUUUUACAUGAAAAUGUUCUAGAAUUCCUCAGUAAGGAGGCAAUUGAAGAUGCAUGGACUGUGACAUCAUAUUUGAGUGAUGUUGACUGCCUUCUUUCCUCAGUUCAUCGGACGUUUGCUAGAAAUAAUGAAGCAGAAAAUAUUAUUCAACCAGCUGCUGCCUCAGUAGCUGUGCGUGGGGUGCUGUUUGGAAAUGCCCACCCUUCUCCUUCCAGGUGGCAUGUUAUUCGUCGUCCUAGGCUUUGGGAGAUAGAGAGAUCAACAAGGCGUAAUAUGCAUGAGAUGGAGAGGCAAAGGCUUGAAUAUUGCUAUAGUCUGCACUUGUCCGAUGUUUCUACUAUUUGCACAGAAUAUAGACCAUUACAUAAAUGGCUUGGUACUAGAACAUCUUUGUCCAAUAAGCACACUGAUUUCAACAGCUUCAUACGAGACGAUCAAAUGGACACUGUGGAAUUUGAUCAUAUGAAUUUUCAAGCUAGUGAGGUUUCCGAUGAUGAAAUUGAGGAAUGGUAAAGCUUUAUUCAUGGCAGCACUAGAUGAAGUCAUAAUCAGAAGUAAUAGCUAUAAUAGGUUGUAUAUCUCUUAUCAUCUCAUAUUACAAUGCAAUGGGAGGUAGGUAUUUAUGGAGGCUUGAUCCUUUUUUUGCUAUCUAUUCCAUGUUUCCAUCUCCUGGAAGAAGCAGAUCAUGGAGCAAUUUUGUGUUAUUGGUUGACAGGUUGUAUAUAAUGAGAACUUUAGCUUGA